GACUCGCUUCGCGCAUGCGCGGGGGUGAUUGUUUUUCACAAAGCUGUUCUUAAAGUGAGCUGGAAGCGUGCGGGCCAGCUGCCUUUGUACGGAUAUCGCAGUGUUGGGCGGCUGCCUUUGUCUUCUCAGUAAUUCCGAUGAAGCGUUCGUAGGGGACACGCUGAUCUUGUCGGCAGGCUCUACGCAGCAGAGGCCUUGUUCAGUGUAAAGUGAAGGUCGCGUUUUGUAUGAGACCUUGACUUUUUUUUUUUCCUUGCAGUAUAUUUUUAUACACUUCGUUAAAAAUCAUGGUGCUGGGGAAGGUGAAGAGUUUGACAAUAAGCUUUGACUGUCCCAGUAACAGCAAUAUCCCCGUGUAUUCUAGCGGGGACACAGUCUCAGGAAGGAUCAGUUUGGAAGUUACUGGGGAAAUUAGAGUGAAAGCUCUUAAAAUUCAUGCAAGAGGACAUGCAAAAGUACGUUGGAGUGAAUCUAGAAAUGCUGGAUCCAACACUGCCUAUACACAAAAUUACACCGAAGAAGUAGAGUAUUUUAACUAUAAGGACGUUCUAGUCGGGCAUGCAAGAGAUGAUGACAAUUCUGAAGAAGGCCUUCACACCAUUCAUUCAGGAAGGCAUGAAUAUGCAUUCAGCUUUGAGCUUCCACAGAUACCACUUGCUACCUCAUUCGAAGGCAGACACGGCAGUGUGCGGUAUUGGGUGAAAGCUGAAUUGCAUAGGCCUUGGCUUCUACCAGCAAAAUUAAAGAAGGAAUUUACAGUCUUUGAACAUAUAGAUAUCAACACUCCUUCGUUACUGUCGCCCCAAGCAGGCACAAAAGAAAAAACUCUGUGUUGUUGGCUUUGUACCUCAGGCCCCAUAUCUUUAAGUGCCAAAAUUGAAAGAAAAGGCUACACCCCAGGUGAAUCAAUUCAGAUCUUUGCUGAGAUUGAGAAUUGCUCUUCCCGGAUGGUAGUGCCAAAAGCAACCAUUUACCAAACGCAGGCAUUCUAUGCCAAAGGGAAAAUGAAGGAAGUCAGACAGCUUGUUGCCAACCUCCGUGGGGAAUCCUUGUCAUCUGGCAAAACAGAAACCUGGAAUGGCAAACAGUUGAAAAUUCCACCUGUUUCCCCUUCAAUCCUUGACUGUAGUAUAAUCCGUGUGGAGUAUUCACUGAUGGUAUAUGUUGAUAUUCCAGGAGCUGUGGAUUUGUUCCUUAACUUGCCACUGGUCAUUGGUACCAUCCCUCUACAUCCAUUUGGUAGCAGAACAUCAAGCGUAAGCAGCCAGGGUAGCAUGAACAUGAACUGGCUUGGUCUGACUCUGCCCGAAAGACUAGAAGCACCUCCUAGCUAUGCAGAAGUGGUCACAGAGGAAAACAGACAGUCUGGCCUUGCACCUGUAGCUGCUUUUGAUGAUUUUCAGAGAGCACUGCAAGGACCAUUAUUUGCAUACAUCCAGGAGUUUCGUUUUCUGCCUCCUCCCCUAUAUUCAGAAGGCCAGUUCUCUUCAACAUCUUCAUAAAUGACUUGGAUGCAGGACUCGAAGUUAUACUAAGUUUGCUGACAAUAAUAAAAUGGGAAGAGCUGUUGACUCCCUCAAAGGCAGAGACCCUGCAGAAAGACCUUGACAAAUGAGAGGGCUGGGCAAUCACCAACCGUAUGAAGUUCAACAAAGGCAAGUGCCAGAUUCUGCACCUGGGAUGGGGCAACCCUGGAUGUAUGGACAGACUGGGGAACAAGAGGCUGGAGAGCAGCUCUGCAGAAAGGGAACUGGGGGUCCUGGUCAAUCCCAAGUUAAAUAUGAGUCAGCAGUGCCCUGGCAGCCCGGAGGGCCAACCAUGUCCUGGGGUGCAUCAGGCACCGCAUCGCCAACCAGUCAAGGGAGGUGCUUGUCCCACUCUGCUCUGCACUGGUGUGGUCUCACCUUUAGUCCUGGGGGCAGUUUUGGGUGCCACAAUAUAAGAAGGAUAUAAAUCUAUUAGAGAGCAUCCAAAGGAGGGCUGCAAAGAUAGUGAAAGGUCUAGAGGGGAAGUUGUAUGAGGAGUGUCUGAGGUCACUUGGUUUGUUCAGCCUGGAGAAGAGGAGACUGAAGGGAGACCUCAUUGCAGUCUACAGCUUCCUCAUGAGGGCAAGUGGAGGGGCAGGCACUGAUACUGAUCUCUUCUCUCUGGUGACCAGUAACAGGACCCAAGGGAAUGGCCUGAAGUUGUAUCAGGGGAGGUUUAGGUUGGAUAUUAGGAAAAGGUUCUUCACCCAGAGGGUAGUUGGGCACUGGAACGGGCUCUCCAGGGAAGUGGUCACAGCACCAAGCCUGACAGAUCUCAAGAAGUGUUUGGAUGAUGCUCUCAGGAACAGGGUGGGAUUCUUGGGACUGUCCUGUGCAGGGCCAGGAGUUGGACUUCAAUGAUCCUUGUGGGUCCCUUCCAACUCAAGAUAUUCUAUGAUUCUAUGAAGCAAACAAAAAAUCCAACGGCUUUAAUCAUACAUUCAUCUAGAAUGCGAAAAAUUAUAUGGAAAAAGCACUGACUCUUUGAACGUAUUCUAAAGAAGAAAUUAAUGAUGGAGCUAUUAGAUCUGAUCAGUGUUUUUAUGCUAGAGAUUUGUAAAUGUAAGUUUUCUUUUCAGAAAUCAUGUAAAAAAAUUAAAACCAACCAACCACCAACAACAAAAAACCCCACCCAAAACCAAAAACCAACAGCAAAAACUAUUGUCUGAGACAUGUCUGAUGUUGACUAUUUAAAAACUAAUUAAUCGUGUGAAUCCUUGUGCAGUGAAACAGCUCAGAAAGGAGGAGAGGGAAAGCUGAUGUUUCUGUAUUGUGCUCAUUCUUACAAAGUUAUGCCUUAUUUUUAAGGCUUCAUAAAUAUAAUAAAAUAGGCUUUUCCAUAAGUGGCCUUUAUGAGAACAUGAAAGAUAUUUUAUGUUCCAAAAAUGAUGACAGGGUGAUUAAAUGAGAGUCACGUCUUAAGUGAUUCAGUUCAAAUGUUUGGACUUUGAUAAGCAAGAAUUGGAAAUUGGGUGAUGUCUUAUGCUGCCAUUUUUGUGACUGUCCUUUCCUUCAAUCCUUUCCAACCAGACAAAAUUUUACAAGUUAAAAUUGUUGGCAUAAAAGGGCAUUUGAUGAUUUAACUUUUUUUUUCUUGUUUUUGUUAACAGACUAGGGAACAAUUGUUGAUAUAUGUAGCACUGAAGCACUUAUCCCAGUAUAUUGGAAAAACUAUAUACGAAGCAAAAUUGACCAAUGUUGUCAUAAUUUAUGUUGUAUCACAGGCUGUGAUCAGAGUGAAAAAUUCUAAAACCUUAUCAAAUAAAGAUUUCCCACUUAAACUUUUUUAUUAGUUGUUCAGAGGCAUUAUAGGUUCAUCGUUGUAACCCAAUAUUUGAUAUAGAAUCUUGAUCUGAAUUAGGAAAAAGUAAGAUCCAAGCAUUAGAGAAACAAAGUGCAAUAUUAAAUGUUUGCUUUAUAGAUUCUAUUCUAUGGCUGGGCUUUGUUUGGGGUUUUCUGUUUGGUGUUUUUUUUUUGGUUGUGUUUCUUUUUUAAAUUAACUUUUGGUGCUGAAUAUGUCUUUAUGGACUUUGUUUCAAGAGAACUAUGUGGAAAACAAUUUUUUUUCCACUGUUCUUCCUUGUGAAAAAGAAACUUUAAAAUUUUGUUUAAAUGCUUUAAAAUGCUUUAAUUGUAAUCUGUAAGAUUGUUUGUGACUUAAACAUUGAAUAUAUGUCUUUGUGUAAGAUAACAGCCAUAGGGAUCAAAUUGGUAUCAGAAAUGCAUAUGCUAUGUGUCAACUACAUAGGGAAAAACUAUUUCUGGAGCUACACCACUGAUUAGUACAAGAGUUGAGUUUCAGCACCUUCAGUUCCUUUGCCUUGUUUAUAUCAAUGGUUUCUUAGAGCUAGGUUUCAGCUGGGAAGCUAUAAUGCAAUCUCCUAAACUUAGAAAAUACCAAUAACUUACAGGAUAUAAAUGUUUUUUUCAGGACACUGCUUAAAAAUUACUGUAACUCGUGACCUCUGAUCAAGUUAUUUAGUGUUUUCCAGUACAUAUGGUGGGGGCGGGGACUGCACAUUUUUGUAGGGGUGGGAGGAAACUGGGGUAGGGGAAUUACUUUAAAAGCCAGAUAACUCAGUGAUUUGCAGUUGGGAUCUGAAGGUUGGUUUGUUGAACUGGGGUCAAUAAGGUGUGUCUUGCUGUUUACUUAGAAGUCUAAUGUUACCAGAUGUUGAAAAUCACUAUCUAUGUGAUUUGUGUUUUGGUCAGUAGAGCUUUGCAAGAUAUUAAUACAGCUCCUCAACAUUCCAGAAAUGAAGCACUGCCAUAGCAUCUUGUUUCUGUAUACUGCACACAGUAUACACACACCUCUGAAUAAAUGGACUAUCAUCA